AUGCCCAAAGCUGCCAAGGUCUCGCGCGCACAACCCAAUGCGGCACCGGACAACGCACCUACCACGAGCGGGAGGCUCGAGAAGCUUCGCAACAGGCGGACGGAGCUGCGUACGGAGCUGCGAUACUUCAUUGACUCGAAAUACGCCCUCAUUGUCGGAGACGACUUCGCCGGCCUCUGGUAUACAAUUGAGGACUACGCCGAGACGAACGUGAUCUUCUACGGGUGGAAGGUGAUCGGCUGGCCGAGCUGGAUUCCCUUCCGGAACCUCAGCGACGUCGGAGGCUGCAAGAUCUUGAGCGAGCUGCUUGAUCUCUGGAAGAAGGAGUCCAUCACCUUCGCUCCUGCCACGGACCUCGACAAGCACCAGGCCGCCCUCGACCCGACUCUUGUCGCCCCGGGCAAGGGCUUCGUCCACCGCAAGACCUCGGGUGGACGGAAUGACAUUGGCCGGUCGCGCUACCGUUGGAAGACGAUGCCGGAGGGCGGGGCGUUGCGUCGGCCGAAGGACGGCCCGAAGAGCUCGAAGGUCGUCGAGUCAGACGACGAGGAUGAUGCGCAGGUGAACACUCGGCCGCUUCGACUGCAGCCGCUGCCGCUCUUGCCUCCCUUCGCGCCUGGUUCGUUUUCUGUAACCAGCUCAUCUGCAGCAACUCGCGAGGAGCCGGAGUCGGAGAUCGAGGACUUUUCGGACGACGAGUAG